AUGGAACCGUCACCAUUUGAUGUGAACCAAGAGUUGGAAGAACAAGAACGAUUCCGAGACGCAAUGGACCCGAUCAUUCCAGACAACUUCGACAAGCUACGGUGUUGUAAAAUCUGUGGAUUAAUUAAGAGCGAAGGACAAUUUGAGAGUCACAAAUGCGAGAAUUGCCGACGAAUGAUGGAGUAUGACAAAGACUUUUACUCUGCGAAAUUUAGUGGAAUGACAGCACUCUUAAGACCGGACCGAAGUUAUAUAUCGAAAGUGAAAGGGAUGCGCGAGGAUUACGUUGUUGGGUUAUAUGCGACGAGUUGUGAAGGGACCGUCCCUCCCGAGAUAGAACGACUUGCUGCCGAAAAUGGUGUUCAAAUACUCUGUAGUUCUCAUUGA